AGUGAGGGGGCGGGGCUCACGGGCGCGUCCACUGAUGAGUAAUUCCCUGUGACUGUCCCUCCUUCCCCUCCCAGCGCAGUUGGAUCAGUCCCGACAAAGAAUCGCUCUGAGACUCCCAACCGGCCUGGACAUGACUACAACUAGGUCGCAGGGUCACCCUAUGGUGCGUUCCCAGGUCUCCACCACACAGCUUUUGCGGGAGCGCCAGAAGUUCUUUGAAGAUGUUCUCCAACAUGAUGAAAACCUCUACUACCCCUCUUGCCCAUUUCUGAACGAGGGCUGGCGACCUCCUCUGGACAGUGUGUCAUCAAUGGAAGUCAAUAUUGAUUGUCUGGAUUUAUCCGACCCUCUGGACGUUACUGAGUUGGAUGCCUUUCAGCAGUCAGAGGAUCCUGACAGUCUGUCAGCUUCUCCUGCUGAGGUAGGCGGUUCCUGGUUCUUUGGCAUCCCAGACUCUCCUGACUCUCAGCAGCAGCAAGCCAGCCAUGAUACUAAUGAUGCAAAAGGAGAGAAGGAAUCUGAGGAACACAAUGAAAGGGAUGUUGAACCUGCUCACCCCAACCACUGUGAGACAGGGACGUCGGAGAGAGGCUAACCAUGGUUUGGAAUGGGCCAGUUGUUUUGUACUUCUUUAUACAUCAUGAUACCACUCAGCACAACUUCAUACCCCAUUCCUUGCCCCAAUUCUUUUUCCAGAAAGAAGCACUGACACUGGAAUACAAAGCCAUAAUAGCGUACAACAAACAUGGGAGAUUGUUCUAGAAUAUUUCUUGGUACAUUACUCUUCUAUUUUAUAUAAUGUAUUGUUUUUAGGGAACAGCUUUUUUUUUGCUUACAUUGUAUACAAAUGACUAAGACUAUUGAACAGACUGUCAAUGGAAUGUCCCAGUAGACAUAGGUGCUCUAUACGGUAUAAGGGAAUAGCAAUAUAAAAACCUGAGGUGAGGUUUUACUCACUUUAUUAUAGCUGCCUAGUUCUAGGGAUGGCAGACUUUGGCAGAACUAGAAAUUCCCAUAAGCCCCUCUCCAUCUUCACUGGAAGUGGGGCACUGGAAGUUCUAAUUAUGCCAGAGUUUGCCUCUUCCUGGCACAGCCUUAAAACCAUCAGCACUGAAGCCUUAGCUAAUAACAAGCAACAGAAUAUUUUUGUACCAAGUAAAAUGUUUAGUUUUUAAAUAUGAAUGAUACAGCUUGCAUGGAUUUGAGGAUGUACCACGGAAUAUGCAUUGACUAGUGAAACUUUCCACUAGAGAUUUAGUUUGGAAGAAGCAGCAAAACAUAGACUAGAAAAUCUGUAUUCCCACCAUACACUGUCUCACUAAGCCAUGUCUUUAAAGGAGAAGUAAACCCCUUAUUAAAAAAACCCUACCCUACAUAGACCCCCUCCCUCCUCCCCCCCCCAGCCUAGCUGCUUCCCCU